CCCCCGCCCCCGCAUCUCCCGGAAGCGAGCGCGGCUUUACGCCUUCCCCUGGUGCCGGUGCUGGCGGCCGGGGGCGAUGGUGGGGCCGGCUCCCGGCGGGGGGAGCCCCCUGGAGAACGCGAACCCCCUGAUUUAUCGACGUUCGGGGGAGCGGCCCGUCACGGCGCGGGAAGAGGACGAUGAGCUGCCCGACUCCAUCGACGACCGGGAGAUCUUCGAUCUUAUUCGUUCAAUUAAUGACCCAGAACAUCCCCUUACUUUGGAAGAGCUGAAUGUUGUUGAACAAGUUAGAGUCAAAGUGAAUGAUGCUGAAAGCACAGUAGUGGUGGAAUUUACUCCUACAAUUCCUCACUGCAGCAUGGCAACAUUAAUUGGCCUAUCAAUAAAAGUAAAGUUGAUCAGAUCACUACCUGAAAGGUUUAAGGUGGAUGUUCACAUAACACCAGGAACCCAUGCCUCCGAGCAUGCAGUUAAUAAACAACUUGCUGACAAAGAACGAGUAGCGGCUGCUUUGGAGAAUUCACAUUUGCUGGAAGUGGUGAACCAGUGUUUGUCUGCUCGAUCAUAAUUGUUUGAUGAAGAAAUCUUUGUUUUUCUAAUGUGUUAAGAUAAUUUUGUACAUAAUUUCUAAUAUGUAGUUGUAUAUGUUUCUGUGGGCAAAAUAAAGCUACUAAAAUUUA